AUGUCACAAACCUUGCAACUUCAGCAUCAAGUCAUGGAUGUUGCUGCUGCUACCAUCAUGCUGAACCUCACAGAGGUGUUUGCGGAAUCGAAGAGAUCUGCUCGCUUUAACAUAAUGAGAGAAAUCUUAGCGUGUGAGAUUAGCGAGAGCAGUUCCGUCCACAAGCACGAGCGAGAGCAGCUUGACUUGCUGGGUGGGGGUAUCGACGGCGAAACUAAGGUCGAUAUCAUCCUAAACACUCUCCCCAAGACAUAUGAAAACUUCCGCCUCAAUGCUGUUAUGAGCAAGGUCAACUAUUCUCUAAAUGAGUUGUUGAAUGCUCUAGUUACAGCGAAGGGAGUUAUGGGGAAGGGGAAAGAAGAUUAUGUAGACAAGCACAAGUCUAAGUCCGAGAUUGUUCUUCAAGAAAUAGAAGGCAUUGGACAGGCGAUUCCAUUACCACAGCCAAGUGUGCAAGAGAUUGCACCAUAG